GUGGAAUACCUAGCCAAAGAAGUGGCUAAGCUCACGAAGCAAAAGAUGUCCAUGUUGCAAGAUAGUGAAGAUGAAGAGGAAGCUAGCUCUAGUAACACCAUGAGAGCUAGGGCUCAUGAAAAGUCCCAUUCUGACUUCAAAGUUGAUAUUCCAAUCUUUGAAGGAAAGAAUGACCCGGAUGAAUUUCUUGAGUGGUUAGAGACAGUGGAACGAGUCUUUGAUUUCAAAGAAGUCUUCGACGACAAGAAGGUCAAGAUUGUAGCCUUAAAAUUCCGCAAGUACGCCUCCACUUGGUGGACGAACACCUGCACCAAACGGAUUCGAAGUGAGAAGCCUCCCGUUGACUCAUGGCAAAAUAUGAGGAGUCUCUUGAAGAAGAAGUUCCUACCAACUGAAUAUUCCCGAGAGAACUUUGCUAAGCUUCAAACGCUUAGGCAAGGUACGAAGUCAGUGGAAGACUACACCCGUGAGUUCGAGGAACUCCUACUCAGGUGUGACUUGCAAGAGAACGAAGAGCAAACCUUUGUAAG